CCCGGCAGCAGCGGCGGCGGCCACAGCAGCCUCCGCGGCGGCCGCGGCAGGUCUGGCAGCGCUGGCGGCGGGUGAGGGGCUCGCGUCGGCGGCGGCGACGGCGACGGCGGCGCGCGGGCAGCUUCGAGGAAGAAAGAAGCCUGCAGCAUCCACCUAUGAAGUCGGUGCCGACAGUCCUGAAUAGUACUUGUGGAUGGUGUAGCUGCCAGGCUGCUUCUGCCGAGCAUCUGAAAUGAACCUCUCCUAUUGAUUGUUUUGAUUGGCCCAGAGCCAGGAGUACUGGAUUCACCUGACUUCAGGAUAAAAAGAAAACAGUCUUGGUUGUCAUCAUAAACAUAUGAACCAGUGUGAUGGUGAAAUGAGAUGAGGCUCCGAAAUGGAACUGUAGCCACUGUUUUAGCAUUUAUCACUUCGUUCCUUACUUUAUCUUGGUAUACUACAUGGCAGAAUGGGAAAGAAAAACUGAUUGCUUAUCAACGAGAAUUUCUUGCUUUAAAAGAACGUCUCCGAAUAGCUGAACACAGAAUCUCUCAGCGGUCUUCCGAACUCAAUGCCAUUGUACAGCAGUUCAAGCGUGUAGGAGCAGAAACAAACAGAAGUAAGGAUACGGUGAAUAAAUUUUCAGAUGGUACCCUAAAGCUCUUGAGGGAGUUAACAAGCAAAAAGUCUCUUCAGGUGCCAAGUAUUUAUUAUCAUUUGCCUCAUUUAUUACAAAAUGAAGGAAGCCUUCAACCUGUUGUGCAGAUUGGUAAUGGAAGAACAGGAGUUUCAAUAGUAAUGGGAGUUCCCACAGUGAAGAGAGAAGUUAAAUCUUACCUCAUAGAAACUCUUCAUUCCCUUAUUGAUAAUCUGUAUCCUGAAGAGAAGUUGGACUGUGUUAUAGUAGUCUUCAUAGGAGAGACAGAUAUUGAUUAUGUAAAUGGUGUUGUAGCCAACCUGGAGAAAGAAUUUUCUAAAGAAAUCAGUUCUGGCUUGGUGGAAAUAAUAUCACCUCCUGAAAGCUAUUAUCCUGACUUGACAAACUUAAAGGAGACAUUUGGAGAUUCUAAAGAAAGAAUAAGAUGGAGAACAAAGCAAAACCUCGAUUAUUGUUUUCUAAUGAUGUAUGCUCAGGAAAAGGGCACAUAUUACAUCCAGCUUGAAGAUGAUAUUAUUGUCAAACAGAAUUACUUUAACACCAUAAAAAAUUUUGCACUUCAACUUUCUUCUGAGGAAUGGAUGAUACUUGAGUUCUCCCAGCUGGGCUUCAUUGGUAAAAUGUUUCAAGCGCCAGACCUCACUCUAAUUGUGGAAUUCAUAUUUAUGUUCUAUAAGGAGAAACCCAUUGAUUGGCUCUUGGACCAUAUUCUGUGGGUGAAAGUCUGCAACCCUGAAAAAGAUGCAAAACAUUGUGAUCGACAGAAAGCAAAUCUGCGGAUCCGCUUCAGACCUUCCCUUUUCCAACAUGUGGGUCUGCAUUCUUCACUAACAGGAAAAAUUCAGAAACUCACGGAUAAAGAUUACAUGAAACCAUUACUUCUUAAAAUCCAUGUAAACCCCCCUGCAGAGGUAUCUACUUCUCUGAAGGUCUACCAAGGACAUACACUGGAGAAAACUUAUAUGGGGGAGGAUUUCUUCUGGGCUAUAACUCCAGUAGCUGGAGACUACAUCCUGUUUAAAUUUGACAAGCCAGUCAGUGUGGAAAGUUAUUUGUUCCAUAGUGGCAACCAGGAACAUCCAGGGGAUAUUCUGCUCAACACAACUGUAGAAGUUUUGCCUUUGAAGAGUGAAGGUUUGGAAAUCAGCAAAGAAACCAAAGACAAACGAUUAGAAGAUGGUUAUUUCAGAAUAGGGAAAUUUGAGAAUGGUGUUGCAGAAGGAAUGGUGGAUCCCAACCUAAACCCCAUCUCAGCAUUCCGACUUUCAGUUAUUCAGAAUUCUGCUGUUUGGGCCAUUCUUAAUGAGAUUCAUAUUAAAAAAGUCACAAACUGACUAUCUCCUAAGAAACCAACGCAUUUUUUCCCUUUGAAUUUGUUGAUUAAAGAUGGCUGAGCAUGUACCUUUUUUUGGUAACUUGAAUUCUACCUCUUGUGAAAUCUACUGUAGAUAAGAUGAUUGUCAUUUCCACUUGGAAAAUGAAUCUUCCAUGGAUAAUUGUAUUCAUUCAAACCUAAGCUGUCCUCCAGUUUUAACUUGACUCAGACAUUUUACAGUUAUGACAGCCUGUUAAUAUGACUUGUACUAUUUUGGUAUUAUACUAAUACAUAAGAGUUGUACAUAUUGUUACAUUCCUUAAAAUUUGAGAAAAAUUAAUGUUAAAUACAUUUUAUGAAGGGGGGUACUUUUGAAGUUCAUUUAUUUUACUAUUAUAGACCCUCUUUUAUAGAUUAUCAGGGAUUAUAUAUAUAUAUAUAUAUAUAUAUAUAUAUAUAUACACACACACACACACACACACACACAAAUAUACAUAAAAUGCUACGGAGUUAAUUUAUUAGAAACACUUAAGAAGUACAUAUUUUUGUGCAGUAAAUUUUUGAAUCAAUACUUUUUUUGAAAACCAGUUACCUUGUUUUAAGUUCUUUCUAUAUUUUUCUUUGGAAAUGCAAACAUUACAAGUUAAUGCCAUUUUUCAAAUGCACUGCCAUUUAAGAAUGAUUCUAGAUUGAUUUCCUAACUGAAGUACUUUUAUAAUCACAGUGAUUCUGAACAAAAUAUUUUCAAAGGCAUUUCUCAUUCCUUAAAGCCAAGAUUUUAAAGACCAAUGUCCUUCUUGAGGGUUAUUUUACUAUACUAUGUAUGGUGUAUAGCUACAAAAAAUCAGUCUGAUAAAUUUUAAUGUGCGGGGGUGAUGCAUUUCAACCCAAAUUAUCAUAGACUGAAGUCAUUACAUUUCCUUUGAUAUGUAAAAUGACACACUCUUCUCUUUUAAUCUUUGUCUUUAAUCCAUGAAUUAGAGGCAUUUUCUCUUUCCUUGAUGCUUUUAUAUCUGCACUCACUCCGUGAGUUCUGACAAAAUGUUUUCUAGGUAAUGCUAUUGUAUGAGUCACAAUUGGUUGAAUUUUAAAGAAAAACAAAAUUGUAAUGUUGGUUUUUUGGUGAAAGGUAUUGUAACAGUUGUAUGUUUUUCCAAAAUAAUUUAUUCUACUGCAUUAUAAACUUGUAAGUAAAUUUACAUCUGAAGAGUAUUUAUUGCUCUUAAACAUGCAAUUCCAAAUGAUAUCACUACUAUAAACAAAACUAUUAUCAGCCUUAGCAAUCGGUGAUCUUUACAAAAGUCUUUCACUUUUACAAAAUUAUGAAUUAUCAACAUCAGUUCCCAACCAGCCUGGUGUCCUCAGGUGGGUUGCAGGCGGUUACAGGUGUGCAGAGCUUGAAUCUCCUGAGCUUUCAGAGUAGCCAGUGGCUGAGGCCUCUGGCAGCUGGAGGUUCUAGCUGGUUGCCUUUAGCCUGGAGGAGCGUCACCUGGUUAUCCAGCAGGCUGAACAAGCAGCUUCCAGACAGCCUCGUUUGCUGUGCAGGGUUAUGCAGUGAAAAAGGUUGGGAAACACUGAUAGGGUACAAUUAUUUCCAUUACUCCAUAUUUGAAUAAUUCUUAGUUACUUUUCUUGAUUAAAAAGUUACGUGUUGCCAACAAUGAUUUCUUUAUGUCCGAGUCCAGUUAAAAAUUUUUCUUGAGGUUUUUAGAUUUUACUUUUUAUUUUCUUUAAUUUACGCUUUAUUUCCUUCUCAAAUCUCCUUGGCCCAGCGCCUAACGGGGAAAUGUCACUGCAAAAGCAUAAACCUUUCAUUACAGAAUUGCGGCACCAGCUUCACAUACUAAAUUACUGCUGUAACAAAUAAGUAUCAGGAGAUAAAAAUCUGGAGGAAUCCCCUUGUUUCCCUGCUUCCCAAGUAGCUAACUCUGAUUUGAGGAAGAAAGGCCAAGCUCUGAGAGUCUAGGGAGGUGACAGUAAUUGCAGCUCCUGGCCAUCUGUUGGGGCGUCUCCGUCUUGAGACUGAGCCUUACCCAGCCAGCUUUGUCCUGUUUCUGUGCUCAGUCUCCCCUCCCAGGCUUAGCUCAUCCCUCCUGUUCCUGAGACUUUCAGCCAAAUCUUAUCCAUCUUUCAAGGACUCUCCUGUGUACUCCUUCCUCCCCAUGGAUUUGUUACCAGUGCCUCGCUGAGUCCAGAACAGUGCCUGACACGUGGCAGGGGCCCAAGCAGCGUCUGGGGAAAGGGACCAACUGUUCCAGCCCACACUCCUCUUUUUCUUAACUCUCUUUACCUACUGUCCUUGCCACACACUCACACACACACUCAGCUGUCUAGUUUGUUUGUGGCGAGUGUGUGUGCACAUACACGUAAUGACUCUGGCCAGAUGUCAGGCUCCUGCAGGCAAGCCUGUAAGUCAUGCUUCCUAGCUUCCUCUGCUGCACAGGUGCUCACGGACCCUCGUGUCAGCUGUGCUCUCCUUUUCCCCAGUUUCCACUAGACAAUUAGAAGCAGCCGGGCUUGCCUCAAGCAAGCGAUUAUAGUGGUUGCCCUUAAGAGUCAUGUUAGGGACUAAAGUAUUGGGAAAGAAGAUGAGGGGACCUGGAAUGAGAGAAAGUACAUACUUGACCUUGAGUGGACACUGAACCACUUUUACCCAGAGUGGUGGGGAAAAGUACAAAUGGCGCGACUAAUUUUAUUUUUAUGUAUGUAUACGGCAUGAUGCCUCUGGAGCUGCACUGUCCUCUACAGUAGCUACUGGACACAGGGUGGCUAUUUAAGUUUAAAUUAAUAAAACAUUCAGCUCCUCAGUCACACUAGCUCCCUAUGGCUAGUGGCCACUGGGUUAAACAGCACAGAUAUAGAACAUCUCCGUCAUCACAGAAAAUUCUGCAGCACAGCACUGUGUCAAGAGUGCUAAUAUGAACGUUGUAGAAUCCAGAAUAAUGAAUUCCCAUCAUGAGGCUAAAAGCAGACAUGCAGAAUAUAUCGUAGUGCAAAUGAUGAUGAGUAUUUCGGGUGAGAAGAGAAGGUUGAGGACCUACUUCCAGGAUUCUAAGAUCCAGUUUCUAAGUUCUUUAAGUCUCAUGCAUCCUUUACAGCAUUCACUGUCCCUACUAUGUAGUCCCAAAAGAGUGACAACUUGAGGAUGAGGUUCCAAAGCAUGUGUGAUUGACAAGCUUUGGAAAAUGUGAAUGCACAUGGAUUUAGCACACAGCCUCUAGACAUGUAUGUGAAGGUUAAUUCAGCUGUUGGAGAUGUCUUUGAACAAGCUUUUUAAGUCAGUUGCAUUAGUAAAUAAUUAGAAGGUGUUAUUUUAAAAACUUCAGCAACGCUAUGGAGGCUUCUUUUAAAUAUGUCAUAAUAAUGAAAAAAGUUGUCUUCCAGCAAUGCCGCCCUCAAAGACAAGUGUGGUUAUAUGGAAACAGCAUGUUUGGAGGGAUUGCUCUAAUUAAUAGCAGUGAAUGUUUGUAGCAGCCAGAAUUCCAUGGAUGACCUCUCCCCCCCCAAUGACUUUGUAUAUCCUAACCCUUUGAGUAUGUGUGGAACCUGUGAGUAUGAUCCAUAAUUAUGUUGUACAGCAAAAAGAUUAUCUGGGGACAGCUAAUCUAAUCAGGCGAGCCCUUUAAAAGCAGAGUUUUCUCAGGCUGUCAGCCGAAGUCAGAUUCAAAGCAGGACUUGCGGCACCACGGCUGGUUUAAGAUGGAGGCGGCCACAUGAGAAGGAAUGCAGAUGGUCUUAAGGAGCUGAGAGGCCCCAGCUGACAGCCAAGAGAAUGGAAACUGCAGUCCUGCAGCCACAGGAACUGAACUCAGCCACCAACUGGAAGGAGUGUGCAGGUGGACUCUCCUCCAGCAGCUAAGAGCUCAGCCCCACCAACACCGGAUUCCGGCCAUGUGAAUCUCUAAGCAGAGAGCUCAGUCCUGCCUGCCUGGACUUCUGGCCUACAGAGCUGUGAGAUAAUAAACGGGUGUUGUUUUACGCUUUUAAAUUUGCCGUGAUUUUAUGCAGCAAUGGAAAAUGAAUACGAUAUUUAAAAGAGGUGAAGCGGAGAAGGCUUCCUGCUUGAUUCCCUCUGGUAUGUUGGGUAUUUCUUGAUAAACUUAUGAAUAAAGUCUUGCACUAGCAGAUCAUAUACACAGGCCUCAUCUGGGAUUCUCUCCCAGAGACCUCAGUUAAUCCUCUUUGGAAGGUGUUGGCAAAAACUUGCAGCACCUUUGUAGCGUUUCAUGAAGGAACCGCUAGCAUGAGAUUGCAGGAGCGGGAUCCAGUGAGUAAGGAAUCUUUUUCCUGGAAUAGGUGUCACUUUAUGUUGAUUUAGGCUGCUCUGAGCCUGUCAGUUAUUUAAGAAUGAGGAACAGUGGUAUUUUAAGUAAGAUAUUAAGAGAAAAAAAAAAUUGAUGCCUUUAUGUAGAGACCAAAUAAUCUACUCUGUAUUGAAGGACUUUUUUUUUAACCAAAAUUUAUAGUCUAAGCACAGAUCAAAUUCUAUACGUGCUGACCAAAUUUUUGUACUUAGGGAAUACUUUUCAAAAUACUUCUCUGCUUCUAAGACAUUAAUUGCUAAUGAAGUUUAAUUUUGGUUUGUCCAUUACUUUUUGUGCUUCUUUUACUAUACUGCUAUAGCCUUGAUAUAAGAAAAGUUGAGCUAAAAGAAAGAAAAUGAGAGGCUAACAUUAUCGAAAGGUCAGAAAUUUGAGUCAUAAUCAUAUCUGAGGACCUAAGGGAACUUUGACAUCUGAUCUCUUUAAAGAAAAGGAAACUUUUCAAAGCUAUGUAGCAGUGUUUAUAGUGUAUGAAAUUUAGUUUGAUAGUUGUAAAUUAUUAAUCUUAACAGAUAUAUGCCAUGAUAACUAACAUGCUUACUUUAUUUCUUCAAUGCAUGUGAACCUACAGUGCUGAAGAGCCCACUACUACAGUAUUACUAAAAAAAAAAAACAACAACAAA